ACGACUGCGACCUGAUUAUUCAGGAUCUGAUCUGCGAGACGGGAGAGACCGCGAGGGUGAAGGAACAUUUGUUAAAGACUUUUCUAUCAACCAUUUAAAGGUAGAUCUGGCAAACGAUUUAUAGAUCUGCAGACCGCAUUUUUGAAGAGCUAUAGGCCCUAGAUAUGGAUGACUACCAGUACAGGAAGAGAUCACGCGAUGAUGACGAAAAAACUCUUUUUGUCAAAAACUUAGCUGAAUCGGUGACUCAAGACAGUUUGCGGGAUUUCUUUGCUGAUUCUGUAGAAGUAAGGCUUCCUUCCAGACCAGAUGGCGCUAACAAAGGAUUUGCAUAUGUUGUGUUUAACGAUGAAGCCACCGUAGAACAGAUGUUGAAUGACCAUCAAGGCGAAGACCUAGAGGGAUCAUCCUUGUACUUGGACUAUGCUGGAAGUCGUGGAAGCAAAGCCAAGUCUUCCAGAAAUGACUUUCGCGAAAGGAGGUCAAGUGAGGGAAGCGGUGAAAAGACUAAGGUUCUUUUUGUAAGGAAUUUGUCUUACAAUGCAACUGAGGAGGAUCUUCUAGAUGCAUUUGAAGGCUGUGAAUCUGCACGACUGAUCAGGUUCCCCGAUACUGGAAAACCAAGAGGGUUUGGUUUUGUGGAAUAUACAUCACAAACAGAUGCAAGUAACGCAUUGAAAGAGAAGCAGGGCCGUGACAUCGAUGGAAGGAUGAUUUCUAUAGCUUACGCCUCAGAUAGGCGAGGGGAGCGCAGAGAUGGUGGAUAUAGAGACCGAGACGGGGAUCGUAGAGGAGGUAGUAGCAGUUAUGGUAGAGGAAGCUUCCGUGGAAGCCGGGGAUAUGGAGGAAGAGGAGGUAGUGGAUUCAGGGGAAGAAGUAGUCGUGGUGGUGGUGGUGGUGGUGGUGGAAGCAGGGACUAUGGCGGCAGUCGUGACUAUAGCAGCAGUCGUGACUAUAGCAGCAGAUACUAAGAGAUGAUGUCCCGAAGUAACAUUAUGUCUCGAUUGGAUUUCAUGUUUCCCAAACAUUAAAAGUUAUGAAACAUUUCAUUCUCAAUGGCAUCCUACAAUGGAUUCAAAGUUAUUCAUAAAAGCAAGCUUUUGUCACAUGUUUUGUAUACAAGAAAAUAUUACAAAAAGACUAUACUGGUGUAAUUGCUAUUAUUUUGUACAACAAGUGAAAUGUUACUACAUUAAUUUGAAAGUGCUUCGUAAGGAAUGAUGAUAGCAUUGAAGAUAGUUUAAUAGCAGUUAUUUAAAUGUACAAAUGAAAAUGGCAUUUUGAUCAAAGUAACAACAUACAGCUCUUCCGGAGAAACCAAAGUCAUAAACCCAAUAACAUGCUUGGAAUGACAGGACGUAGUAUAUACCUAUUCAACCAAGUCAUUGAACAUCAAUGGUCAAUUGAAGAAAAGGGUGAAACAUUGAGCAAUUAUUUAAUAACUUUUCCUAGUAUUUGGUGCACCAUACGUUAAUGUUGAAAACUGAAUUCUUUGUGAUUUUCAUCUAAGAUAUUUUUUCCUCUCCAAUUUCAGAAUGUAUAUGGGAAAUUUACUACAAAUAGUAACUUCACUUUCUAAUCAGGAUCAUAUGUAGCACCUAUUGCAAGUUGUCAAUAAGUUGUCAUUUUGUCAUCAUUACAGACAGUAAACAAUAAACCUCACAAACAAUCAUCAAUAUAUGCACACAUGCAUUACCAGUAAGACUAAGCUAUGGAAUGUGUCCUUGGAAGAGUUGAUGCAAGCUCGAUUUACUUCAGAUAUUGGAAAUUAAAUUUCUCCUCGUGUGGAUUUAUAUGUGUUGUGUUUUGUGAUUAAACUUUUCAUUGUCCUGAAUCAUGACUACAAAUUUGAAACAUUUGAUAUUUUUAUUUGUUCCCAUAUUGUACUUUAAUUUAGUUCAUUUAAUCAACUACAAACUUUUUUUUUACAAUUUUGUUUUGUUUUCUCUAUUUCUACUCCCCUCCAAUGAAUUAUUUUGGUGCAUCAUUAGCUAAAAAACUAAUUUAAAACUUCAAUGUCUUGAAUGAUAAUUUCAUGAAGGCAAUUUUAUUCUCACAGCGUGUUCUGUAUCGUUUUAUAGUAUAUGUAAUUUCAUGUCGGUUUCGACAAAAUCUAGACAAUUUUUUUUUUUUUUUAAUUUUAAGUUGGGAGUUUGAUGUUGGUACUAAAGCUGAAGAUACAUGCAAGGCAUGUUACGAAUCUCUUAAUAUAAUUAAAAUGUGUAAUUGUUUAAUAGGCAAUUGAAUAAAUUUAUUAUAUCAUAA